AGUUUUGAUUUCGUCAUUCGUAUAUAGGUAACCGUCGUGUCUCAUAGGUGUAGGUACUUAAUGUUUGAAUCACCUUCAAAUAAUGAAAUCUUUUAAAAAAAUAUCCUAUUAUAUAAUAGGUAUAUCACGUAUAUAAUUCCGUAGUUUUAAUUAUUAAUUUCCUAAUAAAAUUGGCAAUAUUUUUAAUAACUUGAUUGAUUUCUCGAUAAUCUGGUUGUUGUAAAUCUAACCCCCGUGGAAUGUUAAAAAUUAUUCUGUUUGUUCUUGAUUUUUUUUCUAUUGCCAAAGGUGUUGUGAUAUUUUGUGCAGUAUAUUUUCAAGUCGAUUGAUCAUGAGUAAAUCACACACGAAGAAAUACGAUCCCGAGGAAGCUGAAGCAGCUAACAAAUCAACUAUGAUAGACGUUCCUAAUCUGAAGGGAGAUUGGUUAAACUUCUACCUGUUGUUAUUGCUUUAUGUCCUGCAAGGAUUUCCAAUAGGCUUAACCUUUACACUUCCAUUAAUUUUACAAAGUAGAAAAAUGGUGACUUAUGAAGAACAGGCUUUAUUCAGUAUCGUGCUUUGGCCUUUUACUUUGAAAGUUUUAUUGGCCCCAUUAGUAGACUCACUCUACGUACAAAGGAUUGGAAGAAGAAAAUCGUGGUUGUUGCCUCUUCAAUAUUCAGUUGGGAUAAUUUUGAUGUAUAUGGCAAGCAACAUCGAUAUUUGGUUACCCGAAUCAGGCAAACCAAACCUUAAGAUGAUUGUAUCUGUGGUAUUCGCUAUGAAUGUCUUGUCCACAAUUCAAGACGUUGUCGUUGACGGUUGGUCGUUAACUAUGUUAAAAAGAAAUAACGUGGGUCAUGCAUCUACUUGCAAUACUUCUGGGUUACCAAUUGGAAUGUUUAUUGGUUCAGUUUGUCCAAUUCUGCUGGUAUCUGAGGAUUUCACCAAUAAAUAUCUUCGAGUUAUGCCUACUACUGGUGGUUUGAUAACAUUGCAAAGUUUUUUAUUCUUAUGGAGCAUUAUAUUUUUAUUGAUAACUACAUUGAUUGGUAUAUUUAAAAAGGAGAAAGAUAGUAGACUCGAAUUGGACCACGUAAAGAUAAGCGUUUUUCAAAAUUACAAACUGUUAUGGGACAUUAUUAAUAAGCCUAAAAUAAAACUAUUAGCAAUGGCAUUACUUACAGCAAGGUUUGGAUUUUCUGGAACGGACUCUGCAUCGAAUUUGAAAUUAAUCGAUGCCGGGGUAUCUAAAGAUGACAUUAUGAUAACAACAACCGGAAUGUAUGCAGUCAAAUUUAUCAUGCCGAUUUUCGUAUCAAAAUACUGUUCUGGUUCUAAACCAAUGGAUAUUUAUCUGACAAUGAUACCAAUCAAAUUGAUUUGGAGUAUUACGUACAUGAUAUUGAUUUAUUACACACCAAGUUUAAUAAAUCAUAAUGGAGUUAUAAAUGUUCCGAUUUAUUAUUAUUUCUCAUUAGCAUCAAUUUUUACAGUGAAUGAGAUGCUGAGUUUUGUCAUGUUAUUAUCGUUAACGGCUUUCUUUUGUCGAUUAAGCGAUCCACGUUUUGGCGGCACGUACAUGUCGUUAUUUAAUACAUUUUAUUAUGUGGGAUGGUUAAUACCGAAUACUUUGGUUCUAAAAAUUGUCGCCCUUCUAACUUUUUGUACAUGCUCGAACGACAUACGAAACAGCUGUCUUACACCAGAUUCAAAAAGGCUAUGUGCCUUAAAUGGAGGAAGUUGUCAAGUGUACGUGGACGGCUACUAUUUGACAGUAAUCAUAUGUAUGGUCAUUGGAUUCGUCUGGUACUUUUUUUAUAAAAAUAAACUUAAAAAUUACCAACCAAUGAGCAAUUCAGAAUGGUCAAUUAACGUGUCAUAAAUCAUGUGUCAAAAACAGUGAAUUGAGUGACAUUCUUAAAAAAUCUAAACAACUAGGUAUUAAUAGUAUUCUUCAAUAGUGUAACCUAAGCUCGAUGAUAUUAAAAAAAUAUUCAUUGAAUUUUUUUUUUUUUUGUUAAUGUAUAUCAAAAAUUAUACUAGGUACACUAACCAAAAAAAAAAAAAAAUGUACAAACGAAGCAAUAAAUUUUUCAAAUGUUGUAAAUUAUAAUAUCUAUGAUCAUAUUAUACAUAGUUAUAACCCAUCUAGUUCACACUCAGUGACGUCAUAGGUACGUAUAAGAGGUUUGAAAACUUCUAUUCGAACGUCAGUAUCGGUUACAAGUUCCAUAAUAAUAUAUUUUAUGUGUCGGGAACAACAUGUUACCUCCAAAAAUAAAUUGUUGGUAGGAAUUUCUUUACCGUCUCUUGUAAUUUUUAAACCAUGACGGUUUCCAGGAACUGUACGGGUUAUAGUAUUAAAUAUACUUUGUUCAUAUUGUUUUAUAAUAUUUAGUGUAUUUUGUUUAUAUAGUUGUAGUGAAAUAAAAUAUUUUUUGAUUA